AUGUUGCCGCGGAAGAGCAUCAUCCCGGAGGAGUUCGCGCUGCCGGCGCUGGUGUCCCGGGUGCCGCGUAAACCAGUGUUCAGAGACCGCGUGAAUAAAGCGCGCUUCAUCGCCAAGAGCGGCGCGUGUAACUUGGCGCACAAGAACAUCCGUGAGCAGGGCCGGUUCCUGCAGGACGUCUUCACCACUCUGGUGGAUCUGAAGUGGCGCUUCACGCUGGUCAUCUUCACCAUGACAUUUCUGUGCAGCUGGCUGCUGUUCGCCAUGAGCUGGUGGCUGGUGGCCUUCGGGCACGGAGAUCUGGACACCGACCGUAAACCUGCCGUGGAGCAGUGCGUCACCAAUGUCAACUCUUUCACCUCUGCCUUCCUGUUCUCCAUCGAGGUGCAGGUGACUAUAGGUUUCGGAGGGCGUAUGAUAACAGAGCGGUGUCCCAUCGCCAUCGCCUUUCUCAUAUUGCAGAACAUCAUUGGCUUGAUAAUAAAUGCCGUCAUGCUUGGCUGCAUCUUUAUGAAGACCGCUCAAUCCCACCGGCGUGCCGAAACCCUUAUCUUUAGCCGACACGCAGUCAUCGCUGUGCGCAACAACCGCCUCUGCUUUAUGAUCCGAGUGGGCGACCUGCGCAAAAGCAUGAUCAUCAAUGCAGUUGUGCGCCUCCAAGUGGUCCGGAAGACCAUGACCCCAGAGGGCGAGGUCAUCCCCAUCCAGCAGAUCGAUGUCCAGACUGAGAGUGCAGUGGCUGGUAACAGCAUCUUUCUUCUGGCACCCUUGAUCAUAUGUCAUGUCAUUGAUAAAGACAGUCCUCUGUACGAUCUGUCGGCGAUGGAGCUGCAGUGCAGUGAUCUGGAGGUCAUCGUGAUCCUGGAAGGAGUGGUGGAGACCACAGGCAUCACCACUCAGGCUCGCACCUCCUACGUGACCGAGGAGAUCCAGUGGGGACACAGAUUCGUGCCUAUAGUGACAGAGGAAGAGGGUGUCUACUCAGUGGACUACUCCAAGUUCGGGAAUACAGUCAAAGUGGCCACCCCUCGCUGCAGCGCUCGUGAGCUGGACGAGAAACCCUCCAUCCUGAUCCAGACGCUGCAGAAGAGCGAGCUUUCACACCAGAACUCUCUGCGCAAGAGGAACUCUAUGCGCAGGAACAACUCCAUGCGCAAGGGCAACUCCAUGCGGCGCAAUAAUUCAGCUCUCGCUGUGCCCAAAGUGCAGUUCCUCACCCCUGAGGGCGGAGCCAAUCUAGCGGUCACAUGA